CCUGCUGCGCGCCCCGCCACUCUCGGAAGGGGGCCUCCCGCCAUGUCCCCGGGCACUCCUUGAUCGCUCGUCCGUGCGCCUCCGGGGUCGCCGGUUCCCGGUCAGCUCGCCCGCUCGCCGGGCCCCGGCUCUGCGUCGGCCGCGCCGCGGUGGAGGCGCGCGGGGGGUGAUGAGCACAUUGCGGGUAAAUACGCCGCCGCCGCCGCCGCCGGGCUCGGAGACACCGUGAGGAAGCGUGUGGCUGCUUUUCUCCGAGUCGCCGCUUUACCCUUGCGUUGGAGAUCAUGUCCAUUCACAUCGUGGCUCUGGGGAACGAGGGCGACGCGUUCCACCAGGACAAUCGGCCGUCGGGGCUCAUCCGCACGUACCUGGGGAGAAGCCCUCUGGUCUCCGGGGACGAAAGCAGCUUGUUGCUGAACGCGACCGGCACGGUGGCGCGUCCGGUGUUCACCGAGUAUCAGGCCAGUGCGUUUGGGAACGUCAAGCUCGUGGUUCACGACUGUCCCGUCUGGGACAUUUUUGACAGUGAUUGGUACACAUCUCGAAAUCUAAUUGGGAGUGCCGACAUCAUUGUGAUCAAAUACAAUGUAAAUGACAAGUUUUCAUUCCAUGAAGUAAAAGAUAAUUAUAUUCCAGUGAUAAAAAGAGCAUUAAAUUCAGUUCCAGUAAUUAUUGCUGCUGUUGGAACCAGACAAAAUGAAUUACCUUGUACAUGCCCACUAUGUACCUCAGACCGUGGGAGCUGUGUUAGUACAACAGAAGGAAUUCAACUUGCUAAAGAACUGGGAGCUACUUAUCUUGAAUUACACAGCCUUGAUGACUUCUACAUAGGAAAAUAUUUUGGAGGAGUGUUGGAGUAUUUUAUGAUUCAAGCCUUAAACCAGAAGACCAGUGAAAAAAUGAAGAAAAGGAAAAUGAAUGGCUCAUUUCAUGGAAUUAGACCACCCCAGCUUGAGCAACCAGAAAAAAUGCCUGUCUUAAAGGCCGAAGCAUCACAUUACAACUCUGACUUAAAUAACCUGCUGUUCUGCUGCCAGUGUGUGGACGUGGUAUUUUACCACCCAGAUGUAAAGGAAGUCGUAGAGGCCCACAAGAUUGUUCUCUGCGCUGUAAGCCAUGUUUUCAUGCUGCUUUUCAAUGUGAAGAGUCCCACUGAGAUUCAGGACUCGAGUAUCAUCCGAACUACCCAGGAUCUAUUUGCUAUAAACAGAGAUACCGCAUUUGCAGGUGCUAGCCAGGAAUCUUCAGGCAACCCACCAUUACGAGUCAUUGUUAAAGAUGCCCUCUUCUGUUCUUGUUUAUCAGACAUUCUGCGCUUCAUUUAUUCAGGUGCUUUUCAGUGGGAAGAACUGGAAGAAGACAUCAGGAAGAAACUGAGAGAUUCAGGGGAUGUUUCUAAUGUAAUAGAAAAAGUUAAAUGCAUUUUAAAAACACCAGGAAAGAUCAAUUGCCUAAGGAACUGUAAAACCUACCAAGCCAGGAAACCUUUGUGGUUUUAUAACACUUCCCUGAAGUUUUUCCUUAAUAAACCAAUGCUUGCUGAUGUUGUCUUCGAAAUACAAGGUACUACAGUGCCAGCCCACAGAGCCAUCUUGGUGGCCCGUUGUGAAGUGAUGGCAGCCAUGUUUAAUGGAAAUUACAUGGAAGCAAAGAGUGUCCUGAUUCCAGUUUAUGGUGUUUCUAAAGAGACUUUCUUGUCAUUUUUAGAAUACCUAUACACGGACUCUUGUUGCCCAGCUGGCAUCUUCCAGGCCAUGUGUCUCCUCAUCUGUGCUGAGAUGUACCAAGUCUCCAGGCUGCAGCACAUCUGUGAGCUGUUCAUCAUCACACAGCUGCAGAGCAUGCCCAGCCGGGAGCUGGCUUCCAUGAACCUUGACAUCGUCGACCUACUCAAAAAGGCCAAGUUUCACCACUCUGAUUGCCUUUCCACUUGGCUACUUCAUUUCAUUGCCACUAACUACCUCAUCUUCAGUCAAAAGCCUGAAUUUCAGGACCUUUCAGUGGAAGAACGCAGUUUCGUUGAAAAGCACAGAUGGCCAUCAAAUAUGUACUUGAAGCAGCUUGCAGAAUACAGGAAGUAUAUUCACUCCCGGAAAUGUCGUUGCUUAGUCAUGUAACCUGGAGCUUUUAUAUGCGUACACUUUUUUUUUUAUUACUAUGAAGACUGGGAUGCCUCUGGAUUCCAGUAAAAUUCUUAUAACUGAGACCGAAUAUGGGUGAUUAAAAAAAUACAUCACCAUACAGCUUGAUAAAUUUAUUAGUUCUCUUUGCAAAACACUAUUGUGGGUCUUAAGAGGGAACGCAAUAUACUGCAGACUAAAAAGUCUUCUGUGUAGAAUAUAAAGCUGUAGGACAGGUGUAUUCUCCCUUUAAAAUAUCCUGUUCCUUUAGUGACAUGAAAACUCCUUCCAGUUUAAAAACAUGUUAAGU